ACAAAACCUAAGCUACGCACAGAGUGACGAACACAGCAACCAAAUAGCUAGCCGCAGAAGGUAAACGAGCGAAUUUUCUGAAUCAAUCCAGAGAUUUCUACGCAAUCAUGGCUGAAGAAGAAAAUCAAAACGAAGUGAAGGAUGAGGCUUCUGAUAUUGCACCAUUUGACCCUACAAAAAAGAAGAAAAAGAAGAAGGUCGUAAUUCAAGAUCUUUCAGAUGAUUCUGUGGAUAAUUUGGCUGAUAAAACUGAAAGUUUAUCAGUUUCUGAUGGUCUUGAGACUAGCUUUUCUGGUCUGAAAAAGAAGAAGAAGAAACCAGCGCAUACUGAUCUCCUGAAUGAUGAGAAAGAAAAUGAAGGGAAUGAUUUUGAUGAUCACAUCGGAGAGGAUGAGGAAGGAGACGGAAUUGUCUUGCAACAGCAGUUUCCAUGGGAAGGGAGUGACCGGGAUUACAAAUACGAGGAG